AUGGGCAAGCUAGGCAAGAGAAUUUUCGAGAUCGACUUUGAUGGUAAGGGGGUUGCGGAGGCCGAGGCAGCAGGUACCGAGACAGGCGCAACUGGCGCACUUGAUGCGGAAGGCAAGUCUACAGAAACGGAAGGCAGCGCGACCCCAAGAUCCGACUGCGAUGGUAGGCCGACUGGCGGAAGAGAUACCUCGGGCAGGGAGACGUCUGGAACAGAAAUCGAAGGCAGCGCCGCCGACGGCACUGAGAUCGCGGGGCUCGAGACCGACGGAAGCGAGUUGGCGGGAACGGAGCUGCUAGUCAAUGCUGGGAUGGAGGGCAGAGAAGCUCCGGGUACAGAGACCUCAGGGAGCGAAACUGGUGGCAAGGAGACCGAAGGCGAUUCUGGGUUUGCGGACACCUCGGAGGGGUCCGACGGCCCCCGGAUAGAGGCACCAGGCAAAGACACAGACACUCCAACGGAAACGCCAGGAAUGCUAACCGAUAUAGCAGGGCCGGUUACCGCAGGUAGUGAAGCCCCUGGCAACGACACGGAGGGUAAACCCAAGCCAAUAGAGACUCCAGGCAACGACACCGAAGCCCCGUUCGAGGCCCCAGAGACGCCUACUGCUGGGGGUGUUACCGACGGUAGCGCCGCAGACGGAACUGAUAGCGAAGGGAGUCCCAGGGAUCGCGACGCGCUGACUGAAAUCUCGGGAAGGCCGACCGAAGAGCUGGGCACCGAAAGUGAGGGAACAGGCACCGGAAUCACCACCGCGGGGCCACCGGCGACAGCAGAAGCGCUGGCACUCGCAGGCCCACCAGUCAACUGUGCAAGACAUUGCGAGAGCUGGAUAUCCACAGCCAACGUGGCCGCCGCUCCAUUGUCAUGA